AUUAAAAGAAGUAAAGUUUGGUCCAAAAAAUCUGCCUAUUCAAGUUGUGACGAAAAUUGUAAAAAUAAGGAGCCUACCAGUGGCUUUCAAAAUUCAGCUGUUGAUAAAAAAUCUACCGCUCAUCUUGUAAUCAAACCAGACUUGAAUGAAAUUGAAUACAUAGAACAUAAUCACACACCAGAAAAAGUUAUGUCACACGCGUCGCGUAGGAGGCACGACUCCGAUAAUGACCCCCCUGCAGAAUACACUACAAAACGACGUAAGCAUGCAGAUAAAGUUGGAAAAGGGUUAAGACAUUUUUCAAUGAAAGUAUGUGAAAAAGUAAGAAACAAAGGUUUUACAUCUUACAAUGAAGUUGCUGAUGAGCUGGUUUUAGAGUUUGCAGCUGGAAUGCAUGGAUCAGCAGACAGCCAAAAUAUUCGCCGACGAGUGUACGAUGCUUUAAAUGUGUUAAUGGCAAUGAACAUUAUAUCAAAAGAAAAGAAGGAAAUAAGAUGGCUAGGUCUUCCUACUAACUCAGUACAAGAGUGCACAUCAUUAGAAAAAGAAAAGGCAGCAAAAAUAGAAGUAAUACAAAAGAAAACACAACAGUUACAAGAGCUUAUUUUACAGCAUAUAUCAUUUAAGAGUUUAAUAGAAAGAAAUAAGGAAGCUGAGAACAAAGGUGUUAAACCUUCACCAUCCUCGGCAAUACAUUUACCUUUUAUAGUUGUAAAUACAAGUGAUAAGGCACUAAUUGAUUGUAGUAUUUCUAAUGAUAAAACAGAAUAUAUGUUCAACUUCAACAAGAGGUUCCAUAUCCAUGAUGAUAUAGAUAUAUUGAAAAGAAUGGGUCUUUUACAUGGUCUAGAUAAAGGCGAAUGUUCAGAAGAAGAUAUAGAGAAAGUUAAAAGUAUGGUACCAAAAUCUUUAGAAAGUUAUGUUGAACAAAUGGGUAGAGGUGAUCAAGAUACUUUAGAGAACAUUAUCGUCAAAGAGGAGCACGACGACGGUGAUGAUGAUGAAGCGUUCGAUGGCGAGGUGGACGGCGAAGAGGACGCGGAAGUGGACAACAACGACUACAGCGACGACAGCAGCGAUGUCGACGUCUAGCGGCCACACCAACGUCGACGUCUCAUCACCACGGCAGCGACGUUGACGUCGAGCGAUUACUAUAACGACGUUGACUACUAGCGACCAUAAUAGCGCUGUUGUCGUCUAACGACUACAGCAGCGACGUUGAUGUCUAAUGACCACAGCAUGUUGAUGUCAUGCAACACCAGUGUUGACGUUAAUCAACAACGCCAGUAUUGUUAAUGUUUAGCAACAACAUCAGCUUUGUUGUCUAGGGAUUACGGCAGCAUCUUCGACCUCUAUUGAUCAUAUCUUUGUCUGACCAGGGAAAUGAGAAACCUACUAUAAAGGCACUUUGUUUUGUAAUUACAUUGACAGUAAGGUGUGGUCAGUUAAUUUUCAGAGAUUUCAACAAUACUGACAGUGUAGUUUAGCGAGUUUUCAUAACUUGUCGACAUUAUCUAUGUCCCUGGUCUGGCUUGCACUAUUUGUACUGAAUAGUAUUAGUUUAUUACAUGCUGAAGCUUGAGUUUCACGUCGUCAGAAUUCCGACACCUCGUUAGUUUAGUUGUAAGCAGUCAGAAGUGCUGUCAGACACAACGUAUAGUAUAAACGACUGUUUUAGUGUUGUAUACUCUGGAUGUAGGCGAUAGUUGCGCAAACAGCACUUGUGAUUGCACGGUAUAAAUAAAUUUAUAUUUUAUAUAUUAAGAGUGGUGUUCAAUAAAUUGACUCAUUAUAAUUAUUGUUUACAAUUAUUAGCUUGUAUGUUUUAAUUUACAAAGUUUAAGGGCCUGCCUCACCACUUCCUGAUAAGUGCCGAAUAGGCUAUCCACCACUUAACUUGACAGAUGAAGUAUGGAGAAUCUGUCAAAAAGCUAUGAAAAGCCUAUUCGGCACUUUAUCAGGAAGUGGUGAAACAGGCCCUAAAAGUAUUCAUGGAAUGUAUCUGACGACUAACACGAGCCUUGCAAAUUAUUAUAGUUAUUUUUUUUUCAAAAAAUGAAAUGUUCUGUUUGAAUGAAAUUUUUGGUUAAUACAUUUUGUAAGGAUAACUAAAAUUUAUUAAAGUGUAAUUUAGGUUUUGAUACAAAAUAACAUGUUUGAUCUCAAAUCUUAGGAUUAAAUUAAAAUAUGCUACAAUGAGACAACUUGAAAAUCCUAAUUUUAAAGAUUAACUAACAUGCAACUUUGUGCAAAUAUAAUUUUUUAUCAUUUUAAAAUAUAUUGUUCAGGAAAAUAAAAUUAUUAUUUAAAGCUAAA